AUGCCGCUAUCCAUGGAUACUGUCAACGAGCUGGAUACAGCUCCAGGGGAUAGCUCCGGCUUCUUGGCGAUGGUUGCAUACAGACUGCCAUCCAAAGGCCCGUAUGAUAUAGACGAAGAAAAGUUCAAAAACUAUUGUAACCAUGUUCCCCUUAAAGAAGUAAGCCAAGGAAGAUCAAAACAAGACGUUUUAACUCGAUCCCUAGAUCUGGUUAGCCUGCUAGGUCUCGGUAGGUAUGUCAGAUCUGGAUUCCCAAAUACUUGGAGGGCAAAAGAUAAAAUAAAGGGAAGAGCAGGGGUAGAGUAA